UCCACAUGAUUUUUCUCCACCCUUUUCCCCUCUCUUUUCUCCCCUCCUCCUCCUCCUCCUUUUCCCAUCAGGUCCUCCUCACACCAGAGCCACUACGCGUCUCCUUCAGCUGGUGCGAGGCGAGCGCAGUGUGAGGAGGAGGAAGAGGAGGAGGAGGAGGAAAAGAAAACAGAGACGCCGCCGUCGCCAGGUACAGAGGAGGAUGACAGAGGGGCAGAGAGAGGAGCGAAAAACACACAGAGGACAACGCAGAGGAGAGCAAGUUUUAGGGUGGGGGCAAGUGGCAAACUGAAAGAAAGAGGAGCAAGAGAGAGGGAGAAGGGGUACAACGGCCGACUGGUUGUGUUUUUUAGGGGGUCUUGUUUUUAUUUAUCUUUUUUUGUUUUUUGUUUUUGGUCUGCUACUCUUCCUCUCUUCUCCCUCUCUCUCUCUCUCCUCUUUCACCCCGUCUCCUCUUCCUCUUCCUUACCUUCUCCUCUUCCUAUCCUCCUCUUCCUCCACAUCUCCCGCCGUGGGGUCCCAGCUCUCCGUCUCCCUCCCCCCCUCCCUCGCGCCAUACCUCCCCCGCGCGCUGCUGGAAGCCUCCACGCUGCUGCGUCGCGGGCGGAUGUCGCGCGGGGAGUCACCGCUGCACGUGCGGGGGAGCGGAGAGAUGGAGCGCGAGGAGCCGCUGACGGACGCGGAGCGCGAGAUCAUCCGGGACACCUGGGGGCGCGUGUACGAGAACUGCGAGGACGUGGGCGUGUCCGUGCUCAUCAGGUUCUUUGUAAACUUCCCAUCGGCCAAGCAGUAUUUCAGCCAGUUCCAGGACAUGGAGGACCCAGAGGAAAUGGAGAGAAGUGGUCAGCUAAGGCACCAUGCCCGCAGGGUGAUGAAUGCCAUCAACACUGUGGUGGAGAACCUCCAUGACCCAGAGAAGGUCUCCUCUGUGCUGGGCCUGGUGGGAAGGGCCCAUGCUGUCAAACACAAGGUUGAACCCGUGUACUUUAAGAUCCUGAGCGGAGUGAUGCUAGAGGUGUUGUCUGAAGAUUUCCCAGAAUGCUUCACGGCAGAGGUGCAAACGGUGUGGACCAAACUGAUGGGAGUGGUGUACUGGCAUGUGACGGGGGCCUACACAGAGGUGGGCUGGCUCCAGGUCUCCAGCUCGGCCGUGUGAAAGUGAGAAGUCACAAAGAGAGCGGGGCACAGAGUUUAUUUGGGGCAACAUUUGAGUGAUUGCAAAAUGUUAAAAAAAAAUUUUUAAUAAUUAACUUGUCAUGUGGGAGUGAUUCCUAAAGAAAACUUGUGAAUGGGAGAUGUGGAGACUUGCAAAGAUUUAGAUGGGGAUGGUUCCAUGGACAAAGCUUAAUCCUAGACUGUUUCUGCAUCAAUAUACAGUUGAAGGAAAUGUUUUAGGAUUAAGCUGUGCAAAUGAAAUCCCCCAACCCCCCCACAAAAAGGAGGUCAAAGAAAUGUUAACAAAUGAAAUGGUUUUUCAGUUGAUGGGGGAGCUUAGUUUAGAUUACCCCAGCUAUGGUAUGGGACCAUGGAGCUGCUGACUGUUAAUAGAUACUCUUCUUGUUCUUCUGCUCUGUCUUUAUGUUUAGGGUACCCCUCCCCCCCAUACCCCUCGUCCCCUCUGUCAAUGCAUUGUGUGCUCUCCAUGUCUUGUUCAACUUAACUGAAGUGUUUGUAAAAGUAUACUGUGGGUAAAGUGUACAUUCGCUUCUGCCUUUGUUUACAUUUCAUUAUUGCCUUGACUCAUUGAUGAUUUGAACGGCGCUCUUCAAAAACAAAACUCUUUUUGGCUAGCAGUCAUUUAAAGAAAACAGGCUUUAAAACUGAACAUGGCUAUCACCGUACUUCUGUAAGUAUUUAACAUAGUUACAUACUAAAGUUGUGAUGCAAUAAAGCAGCAAGUGGAGGGAAUCUGGAGUCACGCACACACACACACCCACACACCCACCCACACACACACGGGCAUGCCAUAAGACCUCCCCUAUGCUAAUAUUUACUGGACUGCCAGUUGGUUUACCUUUCUAAAGCCCCAUCAGAGAGACGGGAUGCAUUUAAGACUCCAUUAAGAGUUUAAGAAACCCGUUCUGGGAGAAACACGUCAGCUUUUGAAGUCCUGUCGGUACCUCUCCUCAGACCCCUGACCCAUCGAAAAUGAGAAGUGAGACUUCAAUAAUAAAUGAAAUGCUCAUAUUGUGUAUGCGAGAGCCCAUAUUUGAUGCAAAGGCCUUUCUUUUCCAGCCCCAAUAAAGGGGAUGGUAGAAAGCUCAUUGCUUAUCAUUGAUGGUGAACAGGGGAGGGAUGUAUUCAAUAAUAACUUUUGUGCCAACAGAUUUGUUUCACCUUCCCAAAACCCCACCAUCCCCGAAUACUGGCUUAAAAAAAACCAAAAACACAAAGACCUUACCUAACCUUAACCACUUCCUAUCUAUGUCGAUGUAAUCGGCAGCAUGGGCCUGGAUGCACCGCCCUGUCGGGGUUCCCGGCUCUGAGCCACUCUCCAGUCAAUCCCCACAGAUGCAUCACAAAUCUGUUUAGGUUGGACAUUAGAUCCAAUCUUUCCGCAUCUGCUCCAAUGACCCUCGGUCCCUCCCGUCUGGUUCCCCCUGGCAUUGGCAUCUGGUAUUAAUGAGGAGGUAAUGAGUCUCCUCUCAUUCAUCUACUGGGAAUUCCCACUGCUUCUGUUGAGAGCACACAAAAAAACCCCGUUAGGACUGGACAGAUGGCUCAGACUUACUGUCUAUCAGAUUCAGCAGGCCAGGUCUGUCAUUGAGAACAAUGCCAUCUGAGGAUGUGCUCCAUUCACAUAUAAAUGAGUUUGGCAAAAAUGACUUCCAUUUGAAGAUAAAUAACCAGGAUAAAUAAUCGUAUGAAUCUUUUUCAGGGAGCUGCAUCAAAAAUCACCCUACUUGUAAAAAACUACGGAUGGAAUCGAUGUUAGAUAAUAUCCAAAGAAACUAUACUGUAUACAUCUCUAAAGUCAAUUUCCCACUCAAAUAAGGGAAUAUGGAUCCAACCCUGUUUCAGUCCCAUGUAAAAAUGCACAGGGGUUUAAAUAAUUUAGAUAUCCCCAAGUGCUAGAUAGGUCGAGGUGGAUUCUGGCCAGUUUUGAAACUGAUUUAAGAAAUUGCUAGCAAUUGCUAGCUUAGCAUAUGCUAUAUUUUCCCCCAAAUUCUACCGGCAGCACAUGCAGGACAGUAAUAGUGAUCCCUCUCGUACUGCGAAGAUUCGACAAGAUUGUUAGAAAAGUACUUCUUCACUAACAUGUCAAACAUAAGGGACAAUCCAUUCGAGUUGUGUGUUAAAUGAUUUUAAAGUACAACGUGGAAGCAAAGGACCACCUGCUGCUUUGUGUGUUUGCCUCAGUGGAGUGCGUUAAAAUCUCUUAAAGCUCACGUUGUGGCGGAUUAUCACUUACCAAAGUUAACUUAACAAAAGCAUUCACUUAAUUUUUUUUUGGACUCAGAAUUAAAAAAUUAUGAGAAAAAAGUUAGCCGCUAAGCUAAAGCUGUGAAUGUUUACUGGUCUUGCUACUGAUUCCGUGUGUUGCUAUGUUUACAUUGAGACUUGGUGACCUGCAUAUGAAUUUAGAAGUGACAAACUGUGUGUGCAUUAAAUGGUUUUAAUGAACGCCCGCCAGCCAAUCAGAAACCAGUGUUCCAUUUGACCAUGUUAUAACAUGUAAUAACCUCAUCAUAUGACAUUUCUAGUUACAGUGCUCAACAUAUAUGAAAAGUAGAAUUAUUGGGAAACAGGAUAAAAAAAGCUCUAUAUAUGUUUACCACAGAUAAUAAUAAUAAAAACAGAUCCUGAUGCAGACUAAGAGCCCCAUGAAUGACAACAAUACCUUGGAGGUCUAUUUGCAAAGGCGUGCAUAUUAAAAAAAGAAAAAAACUCAAAUUAAUUUUGUCCAACUCUCCUUCCACUUCGGCUUGGAUGACCGCGGAGGCAGAGCAGGAACUCAAAAGCUGUUGUUAAUCAUAAAUCAUCCGUGUCGAGUUGCACACCGGUCUAAUCCUUCGCCUCAGCUUUUGACGUCAGCGAUACAUUCUCAUGAAGAACCUCUCUGCCGAGGUCAGGCCUGUUAUAGCUGCCUUAAGAAGCGCAGGUCGAAGAAUAUUUGUGUUGAGCCAAGUUCCCCUGACUUCUCGUUUAUUAAACAAAGUGUGUGUGAGUGUGUCUGUGUGUGUCACUCUCACACACGCACACACACACACACACACACACAUACACACACACACACACACACACACACACACACACACACACACACACACACACACACACACACACACCUUGACACAAUAGAGAUGUAUGCUUUCUCCCAAUGGGCUGCAGGUUUGAAGUACCUCUGUGUUUUGCUAGCAGUAUGUUUCUUAUCACGCUAUAAUCACACACACACACACACACACACACACACACACACACACACACACACACACACAAACUCUCUCUCUCUCUCUCUCUCUCUCUCUCUGUUCUCUUCUUGCUCUGCUUCAUUCUCACACAAACACCGUCUCACAUUUAGUCUGCUGAGGAGUUGGCCAUGUCUUUGCACAAGUGUACCACAGGAGCGGUUUGGCCCAAUUCAUGUGACUACUAUUCAAACUCUCCUUUACGUCUAGUUGAACAUCCUCCAUUCAACACAUGCAUUCUCUCUUAACAAAUACGGGCAUCACAGCAAAUGUGGAACCAUGUGUUUUUUUUGCCCUAGAAAUUUUAGUUUUUUCUUUCAUUUUCAAACGUAGGACUUUAUAUUUUUCUAAAUAUAUCUCAUGUAUGAAAUAGCCUCUGUGUGUGUCUUCAGAUACUGUAUAUGGUUGCGUCAUUGUACACUGUGUUGUAGGUGAGAGCGCGUGCAGUGGCUUUUUAAGUGUUUGAGCAUGCUUGCACUGCUCACUACAGACUUGUAUCUUUCCUAAUCUGGUGGAAAUGACUCAUGACCAUCAAUAAAAUAUGCUUAAA